AGAAGGCGGUAGGGAAAGGAGCCGAACUCGGUCAUUUCUCGUCAUCUCCUGCUCUAAGAUGGACGCUUGUGGUGGCCUUGGACGCGACCUCGCACUUCCGAUGAUGGAUUGCCGAUCUGCUCAAGGCGGACAUGCUGUUGGAAUGAGAUUGCGGGAGAAUUUUCGUUGAAAUUAGGUAGAAAAAUCCGCUCUUUGAUAGUGCGUUUUGGUAAUAGAUGAGGAUUUCUUGACCCUUAUUCGGUGGGGGUUUCGAUGGAGUGUUGAAGAUUAGGGGUCUUGAGAAGAAGUAUGGCUGGUGAGCAAAACGCAAGCGGCGGCAGCAGCAGCCGAAUGGAUCUGAAUCUUUAUCUUAGCCUUCCUUCUCUACGUCGAUCUCAAAGCCGGGAUCUUGGCUCCGACCUCACGCUUAGUUCCGUGCACUUGCCCUGGUCGCCGAUCGCCGAAGAAGCCCACGUUUCUGCACCCUACUCCCCGUCCAACGCCUUGUCCACUCCGGACAUACUACCGGCCGAUCCUCUUCAUGCUGCUGACAACAACAAUCCAGGUUCUGAGUACAAUCCAAACUCGUCAUCUCGUGAGCCUAACUAUGGUCCAGAAUCGCAGUCGUUUGAUGACCCAUACACACUGCCUCCUGUCCAUGGCAACGAACCAAUAAUCCCAGAGAGAAGCCCUCUUGUGCCGUCUCAGCCGGUGCCUCCUCUUCAAUUCGUUAGGCAACCUUCAGCCUGUGGCGUCGAUGCCCAAAUUGGUUAUCCACCUCCUCCUCAGCUUUCCUCGCGAGCUGCUCAUCGUCAGGUCGAGGCCACCCUUGGAGUGUACUCGCAGAUUCGUCUGAGCGAUCUGACUGCCCAAGGUGAUGCACUGUCCGUCCAACAAGAGCUCCGCGAACACCCUGAAUAUCGUUUCCAGAGGUUGAUAGAGUUGACCAACCGGUUAUGGGGCCGAAAUCGUAGGCCUUCUAAUGAUGGCCAGCGGUUUGAUUCUGGUGCACAUUCCUUGACUAGCCCAGAAAGGCUAAUGCAUGAUAUAGUACAGUCUCAGAGGGCAUUAGAAGCUUCCAGGAAGUGUGCCGAAGGCAAGGAGGUUGAAUAUUUAGACAAGAAAAAUGAAGACAAGAGCGGAAACGCUGCUGCUAACUUUGAAUGCAAUAUUUGUUAUGAGCUUGCCAAGGAUCCAGUCGUUACUCCAUGUGGUCAUCUUUUUUGUUGGUUUUGUUUGUAUCAGUGGCUUCAUGCUCAUUCGGUGAAUUCUGAAUGCCCUGUCUGCAAAGGACAUGUACUUGAAAUUAAUGUCACUCCUAUAUACGGUCGUGGGGGUGAAGAAACUAAAGAUCACAAGAAAUGUGGAGAAGACGGGCAAUCUGGUCUGAAGAUACCCCCUCGACCCCAUGCAAAUAGAAUUGAGAGUUUCAGGCAGCAGGUACGGGACAGACUGGAAGAAGGAAUUGCAAACUCAAGGAGAAAUGAUGUGGAUGAAGAGGUGCAUGAUGGAGUCAGAAUUGAAGGAUAUCGGCCUUCAAGGAGACAGGGAAGGUUCGGUGCUGCACGUACUUUGGCUACUAGAAGGAUGCGAAGAAUUCAGAGGGAAGAGGGUACCGGGUCUAAUUCUACAGGACUUGGCUUGCUUAGAGACCCCACAUCAGGCCAUCCACUUGUUCCCUCUGCAGUCUUUCAGGAUGGAGUUGAUCUAUCACGUCCAGCUGGCUCACCGACUUCUUCUCUCAAUCAUCAUAGCCCUGAACCUUUGCAUCAGCAUAGUCAUAGAGUUGAGCCAGUGAUGGUUUCAGAUCAGGCAUCAGCUUCAAGUUCUGUUGCUGUGAUACAUGGAGAUACUGCUGGUGUCAACCCUUCUGCAGGAACCAGUGCAGCAGGACCUUCUAACUCUGGUAGAAGAAGAGCAAGAAACUCUGCCUUGGGUUCUUCUGAUGUUGAUGGAGUUCGUAACACACGUAAUAGAAGGCUGAACUAAGUGUUCUUUAUCUUUCAAGAUAUCGAGCCACGGGACACUGUUGCGCAAGCUUUUCCUCACUGGUUUUCUGUGGAUCGACUGUUGGUGAAAUUGAAGAUAUUAACUUGACUGUUAAAAAGUAAUUGCUUUCGGUCGAUUGGAGGGGAGCCAUCAAGAAACGGUGUUUGGGCAAUGAAAGCUUGAAAUUAAGGCAAAGGGAGCUUUGGCAAAAAGAUUAUAUAUGCAUUCAUACCGGCAUUGCUUCUCAUAUCGAAUGUACAGUAGACUAUUUCCCUACUAAUAAUCUUAUUUUACUGGUAAAUUAUAGAUACCAUUUUGGGUGUUAUGUUUGCCAUGAAGCAACUUGGAGAUUGGUCUUUGUAUGUUUCAGGUUGCUACUUUUUGCCUUCCCCAAUUGGAAUUAUCAUUAAUAUCAGUCUUGUCUUACUUAAGCCAUUAUUCUAGUUGAUA